CAGACAGACAGCAGGCCGGCUGUCCCAAGCUGCUCGAAUCCGUCACUCUCCGGCACCAGGCUGGAGUCCUGCUGUCUUCCGGCACCUGCCUCUCCUAACGCACCGCAAACACGCGCAGGAGUGAGUCAAUAAGAGGAGAAGGCUCAAACAUCCCGUGUUUCAUCCGCUCGUCUCCUGUGUCGGAUCAGGCUCCGCGCUGGACGCGCCUGACGACGCCGGUUUGUUUGGAGUAGUUACCCGGAGAUAAGCGCGCUUUGAGCGGACUCGCUUCCACGGGGCAAGGAGGGGGACCCUUGCAUGGAUGCGCAAUGGCCACGUUUGUGUGCAGGGUUCAGUUUUUAGAUGACACCGAUCCGUUUAACAGUACAAACUUCCCAGAGCCGACCCGACCCCCGCUGUACACCUUCAGGGAGGACAUCCCGCUCAUCAACCAGCUGGCCGGGGUCCACCGGCUGCUCAAGGCUCCGCACAAGCUUGACGACUGUGCGCUGCAGCUGUCCCACAAUGGCACCUACCUGGACCUGGAGUCCUCUCUGGCCGAGCAGAGAGACGAGCUGGAGGGAUUCCAGCAGGAUGACACGGGGUGUCGAGGGAAAAAGCACAGCAUUAUUUUACGAACUCAGCUGACAGUUCGGGUGCACGCUUGCAUUGAAAGGCUGUAUAACUCCAAUGGACGUGACCUGAGACGGGCACUCUUCUCGCUCAAGCAGAUAUUUCAGGACGAUAAAGAUCUGGUCCACGAGUUUGUGAUGGCUGAAGGUCUGACAUGUCUGAUCAAAGUGGGAGCAGAAGCGGACCAGAACUACCAGAACUAUAUACUGAGAGCUUUGGGCCAGAUCAUGCUCUACGUGGACGGGAUGAAUGGUGUCAUUGGCCACGCAGAGACGAUCCAGUGGCUGUACACACUGGUGGGCUCAAAGUUUCGCCUUGUAGUGAAAACAGCGCUGAAGCUGCUGCUUGUUUUCGUUGAGUACUCCGAGUCCAACGCCCCGCUGCUCAUCCAGGCCAUCAGCAGUGUGGACACAAAGCAAAGUUGCAAGCCGUGGUCCAACGCUAUGGAGAUCUUACAUGAGAAAGACGGGGUGGACACAGAGCUGCUGGUCUAUGCAAUGACUCUCAUAAAUAAGACACUGGCAGCAUUACCGGACCAGGACUCCUUCUACGACAUGGUGGAUGGUCUGGAGGAGCAAGGCAUGGAGACUGUGACCCAAAGGCACCUCGGGAGGAAGGGCACUGAUCUGGAUUUAAUCGAACAACUCAACAUCUAUGAGAUGACCUUGCGACACGAGGACGGUGACGACGACAGCCAGCCACCACCGAUGGGACGCAGAGACCGUCGCAGAGCUAGUCUGGGAGGCGGGGACAAGAGAUGUGGCCUGGAAAGGAGGCGUAGCCGGAGAGCAUCGCUUGGACGGUCCGGCCACGCGUCCCCUGCCAGUCCGGCUUCACCACGGAGAGCUGGAUUCCACCCUUUUCACAGUCAGAGAAUAGAGGACUUGAGUGAAAGCGAGGAGGAAUGUGAGGAUGUGUUUGCGGCGCCGUCACAGGAGACUCCAACAAUCACUGAGUCUGACUGGGAUGAACAGAUGGGGGAUGUCUCAGUGUCUGAUCAGAGGAAGCCCAGCAAUCCAUUAUCCAUAGUUUACAGGACAAUUGUCAAGUCAGUCAACAUCACUUCCAGGAACGAGACAGUAAAUGACACAGAUGAGACUGCUGCAACCACCAGCCAUUCUCCACCACCUUCACCAAAGUCCCCAGCUGAGAUCAGCUCCCCUCAGAGCCCCCCGGCCCAACCUUCCCUUCUGGCCUCUUUGUUGGCCAGAAAAAGGUCCGUGGUGAUUGUCCCUGCGACGAAGGAGGUCAGCCCCCCCUUGCGUGGAAGUACCUGCUCCUCCUCAGAUUAUGUGCCCUACAAACCCCACUCGCCCUUCCACCUUUUCUCCUAUGACUUGGAUGAGCAGACGCCGGACAAAACCAGUGAGGAUUCAAAAGUGACGCCUCCAAGGAAUGGUGGUCUGGCAGCCUACACGUCCCUCAGCACUCCUUCCACGCCCACUAUGCCCAGACCAGCACUAGGAGGUCUCCUCUCCUCCUCAUACCGACAGCAUCAGGAAUCAUUGGCAGCUGAGCGAGAGCGCCGUCGUGUGGAGAGAGAGGAGAGGCUACAGAGGAUCGAGAGAGAGGAGAGAAACAAGCACAGCCGCGACUUUGUGGAUAAGAUGGAAGAGGCUCGGCAGGCGCGGGAAGAGAGGUAUAAAAACGUGGAGCGUCUGGCUGCUGAGGAGUUUGAGAGGGACCGUGUGAAAACAUCCAGGGCUCGCCCCGACCUUGGCCCGGCCUUUGAGCCGUCAGACACCUGGCCUUCAUCGUCCCGGAGCAGCUCUCCCUGCUCCCUGGCCUCACAGGAAGACGCAGAAGCUGACCAUGAUGCUGAAGUCGUCUCUGAAGCCACCUCAUGCGCCGUGUCUGAGACUGGAGAUGCUGAUGACGAGAACGUAGAGGAGAGUGAAGCUGCUGUUGAAGAGGAGGAGACGGAAGUAAAGGAGAAAGAGGAGGACGACGUGAGGGUAGAAGAGGCGGAGGAAGUGCAGAAGGAAGCAGAAGAGGAAGGUGAAGAGGAGGAGCAGGAGCCGGUGAAGGAGAGAGAGGAGGCUGGGGAGGAGGACAGUGGCAUUCUCAGUGACAAGGAGCGGCAGAAUGAGGAGGUGAAUGAGAAGGACAACUGCUCGGCCUCCAGCAUCUCCUCCGCCAGCAGCACUUUGGAGAGAGAGGAGCGGGCGAGCAAUGAGAAUGGCUUCAAGGAAGAAGAGGUGACCGAGCCGUGCAGCAAGCUCCUCAACAGUAAGCUCUUCAUGCUGGACAUGCUGUAUUCCCAGAACAAGAAGCCCUGUGAUGAGGAGGAGGAAGAGGAGGAUGCAGAGAAGGAGCAGGAGAAGGAUGAGGGGGGGGACAAAGAGACCUAUGAGGAGGGGCAGAGGCAGUCGGUGGACGACCAGCAGGAGAACAGCAGCAAAGUCAGCAAGAUCAAGCCCAUUGCUGAGCGGUUUGGAGACUUGAUCAAAGACCUCAACUCGCCCCACCCUCACUUGGACUGCCAGGCGAGCGAGCCCCCCGCCCCGCCACCCAAGAAAGAAUCAGACACUAUUUGGGACCAGCUCCUGGCUAGUCCUCGGGAGCUGCGCAUCGGUGAUAUCAACUUCACCGACUUGACGGAUGAAGACGACAAAGACAUUUUAGACUCCGUAUUCAUGGGAGGCUGUGGUGACCUCCCGCCCCCUCCGCCGCCUCCCUUCACCUUCCCACGCUUACCCCCUCCCCCACCCAUUCUUGGAAUAUGUCCUCCUCCUCCUCCUUUGACUGGGAUUAUGAGGCCUCCUCCUCCCUGUUUUAGCUCUCCUAUGCCAGCACCUCCUCCUCCAGAGCCUCCUCUCUUCAAUAAGAAGAAGAAGACCAUCAGGCUUUUCUGGAGUGAGAUACGACCGGCAGAUGCACAGUACCGGGACUACAAGAGGAGUGGGGACUCAUUCUGGUCCAAACUGGACUCAGUCAAGAUUGAUACAGCAAAACUGGAGCACCUGUUCGAGACCAAGUCCAAGGAAAUGCCAGUGACAAAGAAAACUGCGGCUGACGGCAAGCGGCAGGAGAUUAUCGUCCUGGAUUCCAAGAGGAGCAACGCAAUAAACAUCGGACUCACGGUGCUGCCACCUCCUCGGACCAUCAAGACGGCCAUUCUCAACUUCGAUGAGUAUGCACUCAACAAGGAAGGAAUCGAGAAAAUCCUGACGAUGAUUCCCACGGAGGAGGAGAAGCAGAAGAUCCAGGAGGCGCAGCUAGCCAACCCUGACAUCCCGCUGGGCUCAGCAGAGCAGUUCCUCCUCACGCUCUCUUCCAUCAGUGAGCUGUCAGCCAGACUUCAACUCUGGGCCUUCAAGAUGGACUAUGAGGCGACGGAGAAGGAAGUCGCCGAGCCACUGCAGGAUUUGAAAGAAGGUAUGGAGCAGCUGGAGAAAAACAAAACUCUGGGUUACAUUCUGUCCACACUGCUGUCAAUUGGGAACUUCCUUAAUGGAACGAAUGCCAAAGGCUUUGAACUGACAUAUUUGGAGAAGGUUCCAGAGGUCAAAGACACUGUGCACAAGCAGUCUCUGCUUCAUCACGCCUGCUCUGUGGUGGUGGAGAACUUCCCGCAGAGCACCGACCUUUACUCUGAGAUCGGGGCCAUCACUCGCUCUGCAAAGGUGGACUUUGACCAGCUUCAGGAGAACUUGUGUCAAAUGGAGAGGCGCUGCAAAGCAUCAUGGGACCAUCUGAAAAUGAUCGCCAAGCAUGAGAUGAAGCCUCAGCUGAAGCAGAAGAUGUCAGACUUCCUGAAGGACUGUGCAGAGAGGAUCAUCAUCCUCAAGAUUGUCCACCGCAGGAUCAUUAACAGGUUCCACUCCUUCCUCAUCUUCCUGGGACACCCGGCCUACGGCGUCCGAGAAAUCAGCGUCCACCGCUUCAGUAAGAUUCUCAGUGAGUUUGCUCUGGAGUACCGGACCACCCGAGACCGAGUACUGCAACAGAAACAAAAGCGGGCCGACCACCGGGAACGCAACAAGACCAGAGGAAAGAUGAUCAUGGAUGUAAACGAUCCAUCUGAUGAUGAAGAGGAAAUUGAGACUGGCAAAUAUGCUUCCAGCAACAGCGCCCCUAGUGGCAGUCAGGAUGGCGAGCAGCCUCGGGGUCUGGGGCAUGCUGAGGACGCAGCGGAGCACGAGCAGAUGAAAGCGGUGCUGAGGACCAGCUUGACUGGUGGAGACAAGGAGGGUGGCGGUGUCCCAGGACUGCGGACACGAACUCGAUCUCGACCAGGACGAGGAGGGCGGACCAUGCCAGCAUGGACUCCACCUGUGGACGACGCUCAGACCUGCGGCGACGAUGCUGCCGACGAGAUUAUGGAGCGAAUCGUCCGUUCGGCCACGCAGGGUCCUGGAACCAGAACUCAGCCCAGAGAGAGGAGACGAUCCAGGGCCAACCGCAAAUCAUUGAGACGGACGCUGAAGAACGGUCUGACCCCUGAGGAGGCUCUGGCUUUAGGUCUGACUGACUCCCCAGAUUCGUAGCUGCCACCCUGCCCCUGCCGCUGCCUCCGCCUCAUCGUCACUGCUGGCCUCCUCUCCUCAUGCUCCAGCCCGAAGCUUCCUCUGUCUGUGGUGGUGCCUGAGUGCUGAAUCUGCUGGGCGUUGUCAUGAAACAGGACGGAUCAGAUGCUGCCUCGACUUUAUAUUUAGACAUGCUGUGAACAACCUUGUCUCUCUCUGGGCAUUAAACAGUUACGAAUAACAACUCGCAGGCCAAUGAGACGAGGACGUAGCUGUCGUACAUUAGGUCUGCAGCACGUUAUAUCCCAGGCAAAGUCAAGUUAGUUAAGUCAGCCCCUCUGUUGACAACACGACAGGUGACCCCCCCUUCACUCUCCACUAUUUUUGUAUUUAGCAGAAGGUUGGGUUGAAGACCUUUUACUUUCUCACAUUCUCCAUUUCCACAUCUCCAUUUAAAAGUGUCAAAAUGUUUUUCACUUUUUCCACAUGAUUACUUUAAAACAAGUUAAAAUUUGGGGACAAAUAUCAAUGGAUAUUGUUUAUGAUUCAAUUUGAACAAGCAAGUAUGUAUGACAAUUUAAAAGGAUUAAUUUAUAUUGUAAAUUUGACUGAAUUUCAAUCUUUACAUCUUCUGGAAAAUACUACCAAAAUGAGUAGGUUACAAAAUGUGUAUUAUUAGUAGUAUUAUUACAUUUUUAGAUGAACCUAAAAAAAAUAUUUAUUAAACCAACUCAGCCAUAAGAAAGUCAAAUUGAUCAGGAGUUUAAACACUUCAAAAGGAAGGGUACUCACUUGUCUUGUGGACAGCGCAGAGACUUGGCUGACUGAAUCAACUGCAACAUGGAUCCAGUCUGUGAAAUCACAGGACUCGAAGGAUGUUGUUGAGGUCAUGUGAUCUACGACAUCCACUAUGACUCCGUGAUUUGCAAAUAUUAAAUUGAGGGGAUUGAACUCCUUUUGUCAGCUGCGAACAGUUUUGUCACUCAAAGAGGUUUCCAAACAAACGUGUGCCUGUACUUUUAAAAGGGAAGCCUCACCUUUCCAGUGUGGCUGGCUCCUAUUACGCUCCCCUGCUGCUCCUCCGUUCACAUUCAUAUCCAGCUGACUCGUCCAGGAUGGAGUCUUGGCGACACCAUAUACAGUAUUUAUUAGCUUCUGCUUUGUUUUGUUUUUAAUUUCAAAACACACUUGGCACCUUAAAUUGUGGAACGCAGAAGAGAACGGGUGACUCCAAACAAAGUUUACUGUUUGUAAAGUGUAAAAAGACAGAAAAACGAGGCUUUUAUAAUUUAAGGAGAAAUAUGAAGGAAAGCUGAGUCCAUACAUGCCCUUGUCAGCUGCGACAACUGUACUGUAGUAGAGGUGUGGUGUUUAUGUUGUGUAAUAUUUUCUAAUCUCGCUGAGAAGUUGUAUUAUAGCUGAAAUACGGUACCAGAAAAGAAUUUUAUUUUCUGUGAAUUCUUGUAAUGAAAUGAAGGGACAGAAGUGAUGUCAGAGCUCAUCAACCCGGGGAACAUCACUGAAAUAAUACCACAAGUUGUCUGUUACUUCCACUUGAAAUGCUGUGUCAACACAUUCAUCAAUAAAAACCACUGAG